AUGAGGCUGGCCAUCAGGGUCACCAGGAUUUGGGCACUUUGCCUGGCGAAAAUCUCCAUGUUUGUGGUGUUCACAGUCUUCUACCAUGAAUGCAGAAAGAGCCAUGAGAAGGUAGGGGAUGAAGGAGAACAAGGUCUCUAUGUUGCCAUUCAUUCAG